UUACCAUUUAUGAUUUGAGGAAUUAUGACUAAUGCGACGAAGAAAUUAAUGAAGCUAUCAUAUCACAGAUUUGAAAGCCAAAUUAUGUUUAUUCGAUUCUCAUAGAAGAAAAACAAUUUUAAACGGAUUUUGCAGUUGUUUUCGUGAAUGAUCCAAAAUAAGCUUUCAGGGGCAAAGUUAUUUUUUUUUAUUCGAUUUGAGGGGAACUUUUAUGUUGGCGUCAACUUGACGAUAGUGCGUCAUUGCUUGACGAGCUCUAUCUUUUAGUAAGCUUGACGUAGAUUCAAGAUAUGGAGAAUCAUAACACUUUUUUAAGGACUUUGGAUUUCUUUAUCUUUGCUCGUUUGUUUAGUCCAAUCUCUUAUCUAUUUUAGCGUAGCAGAUUCACGAAGCGCUUUCCUACAGUUUUUCGUUUAGUUAACACAAUUGAAUCGCGGUGAGCAGUACCUUGUUUGACUUAAAAACAUGUCAAUGGCGGGGAACAAAAGUCUCUUCGAGUGCUGCGUGUGUUACUCAUUUUACAAUCGGGACUUUCGCAAACCCAAGUACCUUAUGUGCCAUCACACAGUGUGCCUAGAUUGCAUCUGCAAAACAUUGGAGUCCUCGGAUUCCUCAUUUUUACAAGUAAGAUGUCCGUUAUGUCGCGUAUUGACAACAAUCCAAUCGAAAGACAUCAAUCAAGCUCUGCGAACCAAUCAAGAUAUUCUUGACUUCAUGGACAUCUGGAUAUACAAACUGUCGAAUAAUGUUGAUAGUCGAUUGUCCGAUCACUGUCAAGUCGUUAUCAAUCAGAAUUUCGAGGAAACUUCCUCGGGAUUAAAAUGGUGUCGCGAUUGUCAGGAUUUAGCUUUUGAUGCUUGCCACGAUAAUAAGCACUGCACUGUGACAGUUUCUCCAACCAUUUUGAAAUUUGCCGAGAAGGCAUUAGCACAUGGCCGCCAGUCGCUAUCAAAUUGGGAAAAGGCUAUUUCUAAAAGAAACGAUUUGCGAGCCAUAGUCACAUCGAUUCAAUCCUCGGUAAAUCGUCUGAAGGAGCGUGUCGAUGGUUUAGUAGACGAGAAUGAUCGCGCUCUGGUUACCUUGCGUGACUGCUUCGAAGACAUCAAACAGUCUGUUGCCACCCUGGAUCCGUUAACUUCUGAUGUUGACUUCAAGGGAUUCGUUAUUCAGUCAGAACAUGACUUGAAAAAUGCAGCAGAAACACUGAAAACGUUUUCUUCUUUCGACGGAGCCCUCGUUUCAGUUUUGGUACAAUCAAAUAACCAACGAGAAUGUGGGAUGUUAAGUGGAAUUAUUCGUUGGGACGACACCUCAUCGAACGAGAUUGAAAUUAGAGUGAAUGAAACGGCAGACGAUGAGACAAACAGUACUUUUCUAUUGGACUCCAGACGGUUCAUAGGAUUUCUCUUGGCAUCAGUUCCAUAUACUUCACUGCCGAACCAUCGUCGGAGCAAGGACGGGUCGAAAAAAAAUAGGAAAAUAUACCUCUCGCAGCAGUCUUCUCCUUGUCUUACUACUAGAGAAUCAAUUGAUUCACAAUCUCCACUUCAACUCCCACCUGCAACUCCUAUCACAGAUGUAUCCAUCUCGCGGCAGUCUUCUCCUUGUCUUACUAGAGUAUUAAUUGGUUCACAAUCUCCAACUCAACUGCGACCCGCAACUCCCAUCAAAGAUAUUUCAGAAUUCUCUUAUCCGCCUAUAAACGAAUGCACGUCUACCUGUGCGUGGAAUCCUACUGAGAAUAUCCUGGCUUCCACCAGAAAAAACGAAUCAGUCUGUCUGAAUUUCGGUCCCAAAUUAAGUGACGUCACACCUCUUUUAUUCGAAGGAAACAACCAAACAUCGCAAUCGGGUGGCCAAGACCAUCGUUUAGCAUGGAAUUCUAAAGGAACGCAACUUGCCACAGGAUCCAGAGAAGGAUGGAUUUCCUUCUGGACAUCCAGUGGAACCAACCUUUAUCGACAAAAGCAACACCACGGAGAGAUUCUGGCACUGAAAUGGAGCCACGAAGGGAAAUUCCUGGCAACCGGUGGACGCGACACGCUCGUGAAAGUCUGGAAUGCCGUUGGUCAGAAUUGCGUCCAAAAUUUCACAUACCACAAAAGCGCUGUUUGGGAUUUUGACUGGCAGUCUGAAAACACGUUUGCAUCCUGCGACAUGAGCGGCAAGAUGUUCUUUGGUGAUAUUAGGCUGGUCGACAGACCCCAGUUUGCCUACACAGGACACAAGGGCUGGGUCAAAUGUUUGCAAUGGGAUAAUGAGCGAUUCCUAUUGGCUUCAUGUUCCAGUGACAAAACUGUAAAAAUUUGGACCCCAUUCGUGCCACCCUUUUUGCAAGAAUACACAGGUCAUAAAGGACCGGUGAAUGCCGUUCAAUGGAGUCCCGCGGGAUCUAAUCGAUAUCUUGCCAGCUGUUCGGACGAUCAAACAGCUCAAAUUUUGGACGUCAAAAGGCAAGCGAUAGUCCACCGACUGGAAUCCAAGACGAAACCGUCCAAAAUGACUUGCCUUUCGUUCUCCUCUGAUGGUAAAAUGCUCGCAACUGGCAACGAAAACGGUGCAGUUGAAAUAUGGAACGUCCAUAAUGGUCGCAUUGUUAGCACAUUUAAAAAUUUCGAAGCACCCAUCAACAAAAUUGCGUGGCAAAAGGGCGGAACAAUUCUGGGAGUCGCCAGACACGAUAAAACUUGUGCGAUGAUCGAUAUCAAGAACAACAAAGUCAAGUAGGCCUAUAUACAAAAUCGAACGGAUUAUUGGCCCUAAAUUUUGCAUCGAUAUAGAAUUGAACGGAGAUUCUUGAUUCCAUUAACGUUGUGACGGUUUUUUGUAUGUUAUGAAGCCUCUACAAUUCCCCCCCCCUGUCAACUUAACACACGUUCACUUCAACUUUUUUCAAUUAAUAUCACUACAAAUACUGGUGAUCAAUUGGGUUGGGUUUCACCUUUUAUUGAUUCAAUUCAUACUGAUUGUGCUGCAGUAGUUUAAAUAACAUCUUUGGUUUUUUUACCUAAGUGUAAAUUCAUUGACAAAUCUGAAAUUUUAUGGCAAUUAAUUAAUCGCAAUUGCAGUUUUCUGUGGAGCAAUAUUAACGCAAUAUAGUCGGGAAAUCUAUAAUAAACAAUUGACGCAAUAA